AUGGGCCUGGUAAACGCCGUUUACAGCUGGCCCUCCGUGAAAGCUCUUUACUUUACCGUUUUCUCUAUGAACCUGGCCGGGAUGCUCGCCCUCGUUCUGGCUAUUUUAUGGGCCGUACGAUUCGAGAGGGGUUUCGGCGAUCAUCUGAACCUCAUCGCUCCAGGUGACGGUCACGCGUGGACCGCGGUGAUCAUCCUCGCGGCCCUUUCCUGUUCCCCUGCCUAUUUUCUGGGUAUAAAAUGCUGGCUGCUGCUGCGGCUGGAGCCGGCUAGAGACGAUCUGGAACAAGACCAGCAGAGGGUCGACGGAGCCGUGGACCCCCACGAGGUGAACAGGCUCUUGUUCCUCCACGUAGUCGCCUGCCUCGUCUCGGGAUUCCUGAUCGCGAUCCUGAACGCGACGUAUCUCGUUCUGUCGAGCGGAUUCCAACAGAAGUGCAGGGACGGACUGGCGGGUGCUAUCGAGAGAUACAGCAGCGAUAUCGCCGUCAAGAUGAGGGUGGACGCCGUGCAAACGGAACUCGAAUGCUGCGGGGACAACAGUUACGAGGAUUGGUUCCGCGUCCCGUGGCUGAGGGUCUCGGCGGACGGAUCGGAGGAUGCCGAGACGGGUCCUCGGCUAGAAGAGCCAUCGGCAGUCGAAGAGCGCGAGGAAGAAUCCACGACACCCGUAGACGUCCCGUUCUCCUGUUGCUCCAACGACAUCCCCAGGCCCUGUGUUCAUCACGAUGUCAUGAGUCCUAGCGCCGUGUACAAUUACGAUCCUAAGCAUUUAACCAUCGCGACCGAGGGAUGUAGAUCGAAAAUUAUACACCGGGCCGAAGUCAUCAGGAUAUACCUGGCGGGAUAUCUCGCUUUGUCGUCUUUGUAUCAGAUGGUUUUAUCGGUCAUGGCGCGAUUCCUACAAACUGCCCACAGUAAUGAACUAUACUUAGGACCACAGAAAACCCGUUACCACGCUUGGAUAUUCUUCAAGCCGGACGACUUGUCCGGUCAUACGAGAACCGUCUAUCCGCGGAGAAGACGAUCGAGACGAAUGUUACCGGUCUCGUCCAGAAAGGGUUCCGACCAAGAAAACGCGAGUACACGACGCUGUAAGAACAGGAGGAGUGACACAAAAGUCACGACGAAGAUACGAUCGAAGAUCUCGAACGUUAAAUCGAAGAGUCUGCCAGCCGUGAAGUCGGUCUUCUCGUCGAAGGAUUCGCGAGGGAAAAGAGUCGCGCGGCGAUCAGAAGAAGAGAUCGACGCGGAAGAAGAAGAGAAGCUUCUUCCAAAUCGCGUAGCAAAAUCGGAGGUCGUCGUGACGAGGGAUCACCGGUCGGUCUUCUCCCUGACAUCGAACGACGCGUCGAUCGGCUUACCGCCUCCGCCGCCUCCACCCCCGUUUUCGAUAGUUCUGGACGUGGAGGAUGAACGGGACGAAGACCAGACACCUGUCGAGAAGACCGCGCUUUCGAGGUCUUCGAGAACCGAGACCAUCGUCGAUCGCGCGUUUAAUCGGAACAUACUGGCGAACCUGAACUCCGGCAGACGAAUAAAGGUAUUGGAAAGAUUCGGCGCGAUCUGGGAACGCAGCGAUCGAAAUCCGCGACACAGAGAGAGCGGAGGAGCCGACAAUUCGGACGGCAGUAGAUGCGGCUCGAGAUCGGUUGUUACGAAGAGGAGUCGUACGAAGGCGAGUUCUACGGAUAUUUACGACAGAUUCCGCGGUACUCUGCAACACACUUUGGCCAGAAGAGAAGCCGUUCGCGUCCGAAGGGAGUUCAAGAAUAUUCAUGGUCCCGCGGUCGAGAGAAACUCGAACGUCAGACGAAGCAACGUCGUAGCGCGACUCAAGUGCAACGACGUCCCACCGUCUUAUCGUCUGUUGGCGAACAUAGACAGAGUUCGGAAGAGGAACUCGCAAGUACCGCAGCGCGUGCCUCUUCCGCCACCUCCCUUGCCGCCGGUACCGAAUCCGUGGACUCGAGAGACAAAGGUGUCACCGCGAGAGCGACGACGAUGUAGCGUGUGCAAUCGUCCUGUUCAACCAAGUCCGAGCUCUUCCGGCGGAUCUCUCGUCGAGCCUCCUCGGGACGUUCGAUGGUUCCGCGAUCCACCUAUGAGAACGGCAAGAGAGGAUUACGCUGCUCGGGACGGAUCCGCUUUCGUCUCGGAAGCUUUCCAGCACCGGUGGCCGCCUGUAAAACAUUCUUAUAGGCAUCGCUCGAUGAACGAGUCGUAAAAACGCGUAGAUCACAAAAAUGUGCGCUGUGCUCACAAAAAGUAUUCGUUCACCGUCGUAUUUAUUUUAU